UUUCGUUCAAAGGAAGAUGGAGAAGGUGAUGAGAUUGGCCUCAGAGAAGGGAGUGGUGAUGUUUAGUAAGAGCUCAUGUUGCAUGUGUUACUCGGUCAACAUUCUUUUCCAUGAACUUUGUGUGAACCUCAUGGUUCAUGAGCUCGACCAUGACCCUGAAGGAAGGGAAAUGGAGAGGGCACUUAUGAGGAUGGGUUGCAGCACAAGUGUGCCAACGGUCUUCAUUGGUGGUAAGUUGAUGGGAUCGACGAAUGAAGUUAUGUCCCUCCACCUUAGUGGCACACUUGUUCCAUUAAUCAGACCAUAUCAAGUUAUGUCCUAAAUGGUCUCGCUGCUCUGAUACCACAUUAAAAGUAUAUGUUCUCUCCUUAGGCACUAUUUUACCUAUGAAAUCCUCUAUUGUACCAAGUAGUUGUUCUCCUCAGCUAUUUAUUAGCUUGCUAUAUCAAUUUAUCCUUCUCUUUCUCCUUA